AGUUCGCAUCUUUGAAAAUAAGUCCAUGUGUCGGUAACUCUGACGCUGCCUACAUUCACUCUAGAGCUUGCAGAAGUAUAAACAAGAUGAGAGUGCAACUCUUUUGGUACUGACAAGGGAUAUUGCCAGGACAACCAUGGAUUCGAUGAGGCUAUGUGGUGUGUUGCGGCUCGUGGUUGUGGGCUUCUUGGUGCUUCCAGCGGUGGUGUUGGGCGGCAGCGGUCCACGGAGAUGCGAGUUUCCAGCAAUAUUCAACUUUGGAGACUCAAACUCGGACACCGGAGGAAGAUCUGCCGCAUUGUCAGAGGUUCAUCAACCCAAUGGAGAAACCUUCUUUGGACAUCCUUCGGGAAGGGUUUGUGAUGGCCGUCUCAUCUUAGAUUUGAUAGCCGAGGAGCUGAAAUCACCAUACCUGAGUGCAUACUUGGACUCGAUCGGGACGGAUUUCAGGCAUGGUGCAAAUUUUGCAACAGGAGGUUCAUCCAUUCGUCCAGGCGGGUAUAGUCCAUUCCAUCUCUGGAUUCAGAUGUCCCAGUUCAUGCGUUUUAAAUCUCAAACAGAAGCUCUGUAUAACAAUCAACUUGACCCUAGCAGAAAGAUCCCACCAGUCAAAAGCAGCCUCCCAAUGCCUAAGGACUUCUCAAAGGCUCUUUACAUAUUUGAUAUUGGACAGAACGAUCUGGCCUAUGGUUUUCAAUACACGACAUUAGAACAAGUUCGACUUUCCAUCCCUGAUAUCUUAAGCGAGUUGUCCCAAGCAGUGCAUCAAUUGUACAAGGAAGGUGCAAGAAUAUUUUGGGUACAUAAUACAGGCCCAAUCGGUUGCUUGCCAAAAAGCGUUAUAAAUGACCGAUCUAAGCCUGGUAAUCUGGAUCAGAUUGGGUGCGUGAAGCCUCAGAAUGAGAUAGCUCAGGAGUUCAACAGGCAGCUCAAGGACAUGGUGUUUAAACUGAGGGCACAGCUCCCUGAUGCAGCAUUGACACAUGUCGACAUGUAUUCCGCUAAAUAUGCACUAAUCAGCAAUGCAAAGAAUGAAGGUUUUGUCGAUCCAUUUGAGCUCUGUUGUGGGAGUUACUAUGGAUACUAUAUUGAUUGUGGGAAGAAAGAAAUAGUUAAUGGAACGGUUUAUGGUAGUCUAUGUCAGAAUCCAUCAAGGCACGUUAGCUGGGAUGGCAUACACUACUCUGAGUCAGCCAACCUAUGGAUUGCAAACCGAAUUCUCAAUGGCUCCUUCUCUGACCCACCAGUUUCAAUUCGGGAGGCAUGUUAUCAUCCCAAGAAUUUGGUUGGUGUCGAGGAGUGUAACUAGUGAUCUGGUUUUCCUGUUCCGGACCCUGCCGGCUUCUCUCAACAACUCUGCUAACCUCCGCCUCUCGUCAUCCACAUCAGGAUUUGCUGUUCCUAGCUUCUCUUCUCUCAUUCCAACGAGAUAUUCCAAAAUUCCAAUGGCAUCAUCCAGCCUGCCAAAUUUUAAAGUUGGAAAGCACAAAAAUAUUAUUACAAUGUUCAAAUAAAGAGAAUCUAUACUUAGAUUGUCGAUAUACCCUGCAAAAUGUUGUGUCGAUGAUUAUGAAAUCAUCAUUUGUCUUAAAAGUUUAAACUGGUGGAAAGAGGUAGAUUUUAUUAUUUA